AUGCUCAACUCUGCUGCACCCCCGACUGCAUUGGACGAUGCAUGGACAGAUGCGAAAAGCGCCAGUAUCGACUGGACUGAUCCGGAAGAUGUUUUAUGCAACAGUUGGACUUUUCUGCGCAUAAUGGGGUUUCAUCCUGCUCUCUCCAGGUAUGCUGAGAGUCACCUGGAUGAAAAGGAACGUUGGCAGGUGAUUUUUAUGGAUCCCUCCCGCAAGGAAGAGCAGAAGGAUGCACUGCAGUGGUGGCUUCAAAAUAACCUGCUGCUUCUUCGUGAGGAGCGUUGGUGCCGGCACUGCGGAAGUCAAGGCCACACUCGACGGGGUUGCGAUCAGCUCUGUGUGGCUGCAGUUAAGAAUGGUGACACGAGUGAAACUGUUUUUGGUCAUGUGAAGACAGAGCCAAGUCGCAUCAUGUCGCGCUUCAUUGCCCACCAGGCGGAGGUUGAACGUUGCAAGCUUUUACAGGAGAAGCAGUCGAAGGGUUUCUAUUCUGGCAUUUCUGGAAGGCGAAACGGCGCCGAGGAGACACAGCAGAGGCGUGGGGACAGCAACCACCUUGGGCACCCCAGGGCAAAGAAGGAACUUUUGCUCUUUGCGGAGGAACGACGUCGCGGGGUAGUUGGACGUUUCGAUGCGAAUUAUGGCGUUGGCUUCAUACGUGUGCCCGAGGUUGGUGAGGUAAAGUUUUUUCUGGACCGUGUGGAUUAUGGUGUGAAGGAGAUUUCGGUUGGUGAUGCAGUGACACUGAAGAUUGAUCACAGCAGAGAGUAUCCGUUCGCAGUGGAUAUCCGACCUGAAACACCCAACAUCACUCUCGAGGACGUUCAAAAGUUUCUUCAGCGUUGCAGAUCAACAACACAGCCAAUAAAUGUCAUCAAGACAAUUAUGACACACACACAUGAGUGGCCGGUAGUUUUGGGGCUGCUGCGUGGCAUGUCUGCUCCCGCCUACAUUGAUGCGGUCCAUACACUUGUAGAACUUACCACAUUUGUAGGCAAUCGGGAGCCCAUUCAUACUCCGUUGCUGGAGUUAUUCCUUUCGCUGAUGCUACGCACCCCUAAGAGGGCGGACGUCGUUCCGUUCUUUCCCACAAUGCUGCUUGACGCACUUGUGAAGAGUGGUGAACUGAAACUUGGGGAUGAAAUGCCAAUGAUGGUGGAGCGGUGGAUUGAGGUGGUAAAUCUUAUUGUGCUCCUUCGGCACCACACAAAUGUCACAACAGAUCUUACUGGGGAGGUGGAGUCUGCACUGAAAUCUCUUCUGAUGGCAAGCUGGAACAAAGCAACCACAGCCAUCACCACCACCACCACCGCCACAUCCGUAUUAGCGCACACAAAGACACCAGGAGUAAGUGUCGGAGCUUUAGCAGCGGCAGCAAAAAGGAAGAAAAUAGAUGGAGCUUUACAGAGAUUACAAUGCCAGCAGUGGGAAAAGGUAGCAACGCUUCUCAUACCCACUGCUAAUGAUUUUUCCAUUCCCCCACCAGACCCGAACUCUGCCUUCGCGCCACAGAACCUCCCUGUGAAUGGCGCUACAGCGUAUAACUCCACAGAGACAUUUAUCACGGAUCAAUGCCGUCUACUGCGCGCUGACACCUUUGAGUCGGUGAGUCGCCUUCUUCCUGCAGUAAACUAUGAGCUCCCUCACUAUAAGCCUACAGCUGAAACCGAGGCGGAAAUCCCGUACGCGCGCAUUUUUGAUAAAGUGCGCUUCAUGGGUCGUGUGCUGACGCGGGACAAGGACUAUGCCUCGCCCGAUAGCUACAUCUUACAUGUGCAGCCCAAAAGUCCAAAGGCAGAGGUUGCAUCACAACUGCUGCCCGGCACAACUGUCUGCAUUACGACAAGUCUUGACCGUAGUGUCAUUUCCCCAGAGGAGAUAUUUUGGGGUAUAAUAACUUCGUGUAACGUGCAAUUUCUGGUUGGAGGUCUAAUUGUGUUGGCACCUUGUGAAUCUAACGCACACUUUGAUAUUUUAAUGGAAAGACUGAAGCGCAAUGAAAAACUUGGUAAAACCGAUCACUCCUGCAUGUUGGUGACAUCUGUCUUUAUGAUAGGGUACAAAAGUAUCAUGAAAGCGUUGAGUGCUUUUCUUGGGCCGCUUGCGAUGCCACUUCCUUUGGUGUCCUCGCUAUUAAUUGCGGAGGCGGCGUCGAACGCAACCAUCUCCGCAAAAGAGAAUCUCAGGAAUCCAAGUGAUCUUGUCUCAUAUGUGCCUCUUCACUGCGAGUCUGCCUUUUUGGAAAUUAUUGACUCCGUAAACGAUCGUUUUGCAUUGGAUGAGGGCCAAAAGGAGGUGAUGCGCCGCCUUCCCUCUUCUGAAGUUCUUCUUGUACAGGGACCGCCAGGAACAGGCAAGUCCUUUAUAGGAUGCCGUGUAGUAGAGGUAUACAUUCGUUACAAGCAACUGGUGGCCUCGGGUGAUAUCCUUCGCUCCAUUGACGUGGAUUUGCUUCGUUCUACAUCCGCGGAGGACAUGUUACCCAAUGUUGGGCCUAUUGUCAUCAUCACAUACAAAAACCACGCUCUUGAUGAAUUCCUCAUGGACUUGUUGCAUAGCGGAUUGUGGGAUGAUGAGAGGCCUCGCAUUGCUCAAAAAUUGAUUGGUGGGGCUUUCGGUGGAAAGUCGGAAGUUUUUCCACUUGGCAAGCGUAUUGUACGCAUUGGUGGCCGCUCACGUGAAUCCAUGCUUGAUGCUUACAAUCUUGGCUCCCUAAUGCGCACGAAGGCGGACAAGGCGAGACUCAACAGCCUCAAGGAACGUUUGUUUCUCAUGAAUCAACGAUUAGAAAGGCUUCUUAAGGAAAUCCAUUUUUUGGAAUCGGGGCGCGUGCCCAAGUCCCUUUUUGAGCGAUGGCUUACCGAAGAGCAACGGAAGUCUUUGCGUUACGAGGACCGUGAGGAAUGGUUACAGGGGAAGCGAUACAUCGGCACCUCCACCCGCACUGCAGAGCGGACACUUUACCUUGACCUUCUUCGAACGCAGUUAUCGGCAUGUCUCGAUGGGGUGCGAAAGCGUCCCACGGUGGCCCUUGAAGCCCCCGAGUCCGUCGAGGCGGACGAAGACGGCGGUGCACCACUUAGUGUCUUUCAGGAGAUGAAGCGAGAGGAAGAGAGUCUCGAUUUUAAUGACGCGCUUCCCACGACAUAUCUUUCAGCUGAGGCGAUGGAUCUGGCGAAGAAUCCACCAAAGUGUCCUGAGGGCAUCCCGGAAGAACUGCUUUCCCUUUGGAGUCUUGACCCUGUCCUUCGUCACGAGUACUACGCCUUCCUUUUCCGCGACUGCAUCUCCGUCAAGGCACGGGACUGUCAGUUGAUUAUGGAUGCCAUCAUGAAUGUCGUGACGAUACGUAACCAUGCAAUGGAUGAAGUCAAACUGGAGCUGCUUCAAGGGGCAGAUGUUAUUGGACUCACCACAACUGGCUGUGCCAAAAAUCAGAAUCUUUUACGCUCGUUGCGUCCUAGUGUUCUGGUGGUGGAAGAGGCCGCUGAGGUGCUUGAAUCACAGCUUCUUGCGUGUAUGACCGACUCUCUGCAGCAGAUUGUACUCAUUGGGGAUCACUACCAAUUGCAGCCGAAGGUCGAAACAUUUCUCUAUGAGAAAGUCAAUAAGCUUAAUAUGUCUCUUUUUGAACGCCUGGCGAAACGAAUUAGGCCCAUUUGCCUGACAGAGCAACGACGCAUGCAUCCAUUUAUCUCACGGCUGGUGCGGCCUUUUUACGACACGCAGACCCUUUUGGACAGUGCAGAUCUCCUUACCCGAACGUUUACCUCAGCUGCGGGUGUGAAGUAUCUAGACGCCGUCCCAGGCUUGGCAAGGCGUGUGUUUUUCUGGCGUCACACUCACCCGGAGGAGGAGGCCUCGGGCAGUCGCAGCAAAGUCAACAUCAAGGAGGUGGAGAUGGUGCUCAAGAUUGUGGCACAUUUGACGUCAGAAGGGGUGCAUCAGAAGUCGAUUACGGUGAUAACCCCGUAUCUUGGACAGCGCCGACUACUCCGCACUUCGUUACGGCUACGCGCCUUUAGUGACGUUGCUGUGAGCACUGUGGAUCUCUUUCAGGGAGACGAGAAUGACAUUGUGAUUCUAUCUUUGGUGCGAACGAAACGCCUAACGGAGUUUUUGCGGAUGCGGAACCGUAUGAUUGUCUCCUGCAGCCGCGCGCGGUUUGCGAUGGUUAUGACUGGCAGCGAGACUCUCCUGGAGCAGUCUAGUCAUUGGAAAGAGGUGCUGUACAUGUUGCGGAAGGAAAAUUGCGUGGGUGAUCGACUACCCAUUACGUACCGCUCAUCUCCCGAAGAGAUUGUGUGGAUGGAUGCGUAA